UAUAAAGAUCAGCACACCAAAACAAAUAACAAUUCGUUGAAUCAGAGCUGCUAGUGAAUCUUUCACCAUCUAAAAGAGGUUGUAAGCGAUGGAGUCAGUAACUUCUUGGGCUCACUGUCUUACAAACCACUGCUGUUCAACGACGAUYGCAGUGGUUAUAGCAGUAGCCAUCUUUCUUUACUGGUACGGUACAAGGAMUCGUCGAAUGCUCGAAUCAACUUUCCCCGGAAUACCCGGUCCUAAGCCAUGGCCUUACUUGGGAAAUAUGCCUGGAUUUCUACGAGAUAAAGGCCAAUUUCACCUUUAUCUUGAUACSAAUUACAAGAAAUAUGGCAGUUUAUUUUGCACGUCGUUUCUCGAUAUGCCUGUCCUUGCUAUAUCUGAUACGAAGAUGAUCAAAGAGAUUUGGGUGAAGCACUUCGAUAGUUUCCACAACCGUCCAUCGAUAAUAGGCCUCCCCCCGCCAAUGGACACAUCACUGGACGUAGCUGAAGGAGAAACAUGGCAUCGUAUCCGAACUGUWCUAUCUCCUUCYUUUAGUUCCCAUAAACUCAAAUCGAUGAUUCCYCUGAUGAAUGAUACUUGUGACUCUYUGUUGAAAACGCUGGAUAAAGCUGCUAAAGACGGGGAAAGCAUCGAUAUAUUAAAAUGCCAGCAAUCUUUGACCCUCGAUACGAUCCUUUCUACGGCUUUUGGUGUCCAAGGUGACUAUCAGAAUAACCCAGAUGAUCCAAUAUUGAAAACAGCAUAUAGAGCCAUGAACCCAAGUGGGCUYGUGCAAACACUUCUGGUUAUUCUACCCAUGCUGCCUUUCGGGACGUCUAUUCUGCAAACUGAAAUGUGUACAAAGUUGAUGUUCAGAGAUUUURUUGCCCUGUUCGACUUUGGCGAGAAAAUCAUYGAAUUGAAACGAAAGGAGGGCUCGUCUAGAAAGGACUUUCUAGAUCUCAUGCUUAGUUCCCAAGGUCCAGACGUACCAGAAAACAAAAAGCUCAGCGAAGGCGAGCUUUUAAUGCAAUCAAUCCUGUUCUUGUUAGCUGGUUACGAGACAUCGAGCACGACUCUUGGGAUGCUGUGUUAUUACCUGGUCGCAAACCCUGAUGUCCAGGAACGUUUACAGCAAGAAAUUGAUAACGUAUGGACGGAAGAAGAUGAAAURCCGUCAUACGAAACAGUUCAGGAGAUACAGUACCUCGACAUGGUGAUCUCUGAAACUUUAAGACUCUGCCCUCCAGGUAACAUGCUUUUCCGUGACUGCACCAAAGAAUGUACCAUCGAAGGUGUGACGAUUCCAAAAGGAUGUAUCAUCACAGUUCCAGUCUACAGCAUACACAGGGAUCCCAACAUUUACCCCGACCCUGACAAGUUCAUUCCAGAGAGAUUUACACCUGAAGCCAAGCAAUCACGUGACCCUUAUCACUAUCUWCCAUUUGGAACCGGRCCUCGUAACUGCAUYGGAAUGAGAUUUGCKCUGAUGGAGAUCAAGCUAGUCGUUACCAGACUCCUGAAGAAAUUCACUUUUGUGCCUACCUCGGAGACAAAAGAGCCAACUUUGCAGUCGAAGCCUAUACUUGGCCCUACUAAGGGUGUGRUAGUGGGGAUAAAACACAGGRAUCCCAGCAGCUCCUAAAGUGCCAACARUCUACUAGCUGAAGUUAGAAUAAUUUUUUCAUUGCGCAUGCUCUUACAUAUUUUUAAUGUACCACAUGGCGCAAUGCAUGCCUUGUAAUUUGAAAAAAAAUAGCUACUCUUUAGAAAAGUGUAUGUAGGUUGUAACAUUAUCUGGAUAAAGUUAUAUACUCCUUAGACUUUGGUAUGGUUUUUAUCAACUUCAUAAGGAUUUAUUCAAUGGAUAGCGCUAUUCACYCUUCGUGAGCUUGCCUGUAUGUUCAUAAAAAGACUUUUGCUGUA